UAAAAGUUAGAUCGAUAGUUCUAUCUCAACGCUAAUAAGUACUUGAAUAACUGUUUGUAUAGUGUUAUUUUUUUUAAAUACAUAACUAAAGCAAAUACUUACAAUGAGUUAUAAAAGGGACUCUUCAAACAGUUCAUUAACAGACGACUCCUCCGACAACACUGAGAACAGUGUUACUGCUAAACUUAGGAGAUUGAAAAUAGAAGAAAACUUAUUGAUGAAUAAUAUUAAUAAAAUAAAUUCAAAAGAAAUUGAAGGAAGCAACUCCGAACUUCCUAUAUUCUACAGUGUAGAAUUAAAUAAUUACACAGGAAAGUUAAAAAAUAGGUUGACAGAAAUCAAAAACAUAUUUGGGGAACUAAAAGCUAUGGCUGAAGAAAAGUUAACUAGCGUCGACAUUGAUAACAUGAAACGGGACGUAGUUAAGCUGGAUGAGAAAAUACGCCUACUCAAAACAUAUGUUCAAUCUGAAUUAGCUUCGGAAACGUCUAAGGAGAAGGAACUACGAAAACAGUUAAAUGACGUUGAAAAGAAGCAGUCAAAUUGUACGUUCAAACCCAAGAUUAAAAUUAAACCGUUCAGCCACAUUGUACCUAGUCCUGUAAAAGUAAUGAUACAGUCUCCAUUUAAAUGUAAGGAAGUUCAGAAUUUUCAAGAAUUCAUGAUGAGCAGUCCCAAUCGUUACGGAGGCUGGAAUGAAUAUCACCAUAACGUCUUCGUUCAGGUUUGGCAGAAGUAUUUCAAAUUCCAUGAUGAUAUUACAUUAAAUGAUGCUCAGGAGUUUACAUGUUACAACCACGAUCAAUACCAAGAUUUUCAGUCGGAAAUAUUGGAGAAAAUUACAGGAUCUACGAAAGAUGACAUAGUUUCGCAUUGCAAGUGGUAUUGUAAAUAUUUGUAUCUAAGAGAACAACAGCAAAAUGCCUUGAAUAAGUGGAAGAAAAAUAAAAGGAUGUUGUCAAAAUCUCACCAUACAUACAGCAAUAACGAUCACAAAAUAAAUGUGGAUAUAUCGAAACGAUUUAAACGUGAAGAAAAAUUUAAAAACAUUGAAAACGUGGAAGAUUUGUUGGACACGAUGGAAACCCGCGAUGCAGAGGAAAUAGCCAAGUUGGUAUUUUCUUUUUCUUGAUUCUGUUUGUAUUUAGGAAUCCUAAAGAACUCGGUGUUUCUUGGACU